AACCGAUUAGCUCAGUGGACAAGCCGAAGGGCACCAACAGUUCCUGCUUUUUUUGCUGCACACGGUCAGAUUUCAGCGACGCACCGGUGUGUUUACUGUCGGGAGUCUGUGUGCAGUUCGGCUCUGUUUUCGACCAGCAGCGCUUUACUUGUCACAGACCUGAGAGGUUGACCUGCCGGUAUGGCAUCAGCUCCAGCCCAGCAGCCCACUCUGACCAUAGAACAGGCCAGAGUUGUCCUGAGUGAGGUCAUCCAGGCUUUCUCAGUGCCUGAGAAUGCAGCUCGAAUGGACGAGGCCAGAGAGAGUGCCUGUAAUGACAUGGGGAAGAUGCUGCAGCUCGUAUUGCCUGUAGCUACACAAAUCCAGCAAGAGGUCAUCAAGGCCUACGGCUUCAACAACGAAGGAGAAGGUGUGUUGAAGUUUGCCAGACUGGUGAAAAUGUAUGAAUCUCAAGACCCGGAGAUCGCUGCCAUGUCAGUCAAGCUCAAGUCACUUCUUCUGCUGCCUCUGUCAACCCCGCCGAUUGGUGGUGGAAUCCCAGCUUCAUAGACGAACUGAAAUCUGCAUCUCACUAACACAGCUUUGUGUUCCCCAGACUGAUCUACACUCUGUGUUUCUCUUCUGGAAACGGAAAUAUUACGCAAAUCAUGAAGCGGUUUUAAAAAGCACAUCAUAUUCCCAUGUCAUUCCAGCCUCUGAAUGAUUUCCAUUUCACGUUUUGCUCAUAUUUAUUCUGUUUUGUCUUGUAUAAGAGUUUUUUGCUACCUGUACAGGGGGUUUCACACAGAUCAGAUACAGACUCUCUGAUUUACACAUCAAAGAAACAACAGGAAUUAAGUUUAUGAAGAUCUGUGUGAAAUCUGGAGUUUUCAAAAACACCCAAAAGCUCAAUUUCCACCUCACAGUUAUGUGAUUUUACCCUGCAGCUGAAAAAAUGACCCCAGCUGCACUGAACGUUACAGCAGUACAACAAUCCCACACAGCAGCUUAAAGAUAUAUUUCAGUGCUUUUCAACCUAAUCUCUUAUCUGCUGCAUCUGUGGCAUAUCGCUGCUGUCGGAACAAAACCUCAUUUAACAGGAGAAGAACACAAUGUAAAGGGCAAUAGGUAUUUUCAAAUUAUGUCAAAAACUGAAAAACGGCCAAAAUGGAGAUGAGGUUUUGUUCUCACAGCAGCAUUAUGUUCAAUCACUGCAGAAAAGAAUUUAACCUGUUGACUCAAAACUCAUUUAUAAUAGAUGCCAGUGGACAGUUGCUGAAGUGAUCCUUGAAUUGCAAUUACAAUUGUGCCUACCAAGAUCAACAUGGUGCAUUUUAUGGAGCUGUGGAAUAACAGAAUUUAGGAGCAUGCCUGAAACCCCUCCUUCCAGUCUAACGUCUUUUACAUUCUCAUCUCUACCUUCUGUUUUACAAACCACCACUCCGUCUUCUCAGUCCUGUCCGUCAGUCCUACCACAGUUAAAAAGGCAGGUCUGGCCUUUUAGCUCCAAGCAGAGGCUGCCCAGAACUCCAGCUUAAGUUCUCAGAGUUCUCCUUCCUCCAUCAGUCAGUCUCACCUCAUACUAUCAUCAUAAAGGCACAAUCUGAGCUCUUAGACUCUUAAUUAGAGUGAUGCCAGUGGGCUUUUUGCUUAAGACACACUUUAGAACCUCUGCCAAAUUUUGUAGUUGAGUUUAUCUUCUUGUGCAGCAGGACGUUGCAUUAGUAUGUGUGCUGUGUCUAGUGCAGCUGACCCAUUAACUUAACAGGUAUUUAGCAAAACACUAAUUUUCCCAUUUUUGUUAAGGUUUUUUUAAGUAUCUUUUUACAUUUUUCAUUGUGUUAUGUAUAUUAAUUCCUUGUGUGCAAUAAACAUGUUUACCAGGACCAA